GACGGAACGACGGGGCAAUGCGCAUCCAAAUGGUUUGCGAUUCGACACCAUCGCUAGUGAGUGCGGCAAUACGGGAUGCGUUGCACUCGACGGGCGGCAACACAACGAAUGGACGCACAGUUACGGGACACGGAUACGGCACGACAACGAGUUCCUCCAGCAGCAACGGUGUCACGGUGAAUGGAAGCGGAUCGUCCGGUGCACAUUCGGCUGCCGCUGCCAGCAAACAACAGCUUCCGUUCCGGCGCACGAUAGUGGCCCCGCUUGACACCGAUUACGACCAGUAUGACGAACCGGAGGACGGAGGGCCGAACGAUUUGGUGGAAUCGAUCAGCCAGUCACUGCGCCAGGGUCAGCAGGUGAAACCGAUAACGUAUGAGGAAGGCCCAAGCUACACCACCAGCCUGGACAAGCUAAAGUCCAAAUAUAUUGUCCUAAAAGCGGGCACACCGACCACCGAUUCCACUGCCUGCGGUGUUGACUCUCUAGUAAGCAAUUCCAACACGUCGUCAUCGUCCCUGUUUGGUGCUGCUGGGCUGUCCAAAGCAACCACAGGUGGUGGAGCACCGAACGCAACACCGCUGACCAUGAACGGUGGCGGUUCGUUGAAGUUCUCAGCCUCCUCACAAUUGCCUAGCGCGGCCAAAUCGUCCGGCAAUAUACCUCAACAGCAAAAUGGCGUCCCUGCCUCCGCUACUAGCAGCAGCAGUAGUACUACUGCCGCCGGAAGGAUGGAUACCACCACCAACACAACACUGCCCACACCGAAGCGGACACUUUUCCCCCGCGAAAGCGUACAGAUCGGAUGGAAAACGACCGGCCGGAAAUGGUUGGUCGGUGCUGGUAUGAUGAAUAUGGGCAACACCUGCUACCUAAACUCGACACUGCAAGCCCUGUUUCAUGUGCCGGCCAUCGCGAAUUGGCUGCUGUCGGAUGAGCCACAUCGGGUGAAGUGUGAUGAUGGCGGUUCCGGCGGAAGUUGUAUCAUCUGUGCGAUGGCCAAAACGCUGCUCGAAUCACAGACCAAUCAUACCGCCUUCCGGCCAUAUCUGGUGUACUCGAAGCUGAGGCUUGUCUGUAAGCAUCUUGUGCCGGGCCGGCAGGAGGAUGCCCACGAGUUCCUGCGCUAUCUGGUGGAAGCGAUGGAAAAAUCGUACCUCAACCGUACCAAGAACAGCAAGGAGCUGGACCAGUACAGCAAGGAGACCACACCGCUGAAUCAAAUCCUUGGCGGAUAUUUACGGUCCGAGGUGAAGUGUUUGUCCUGUCAGCACGUAUCGACCACCUUUCAGCACUUUGAGGAUCUGCUGUUAGACAUACGGAAAGCGAACUCCAUCGAUGAAGCGCUGGAGCUUUACUUUGCGCGCGAACGGCUCGAGGAGAUGGGUUACAAGUGUGAGGCGUGCAAGCGGCGCGUAGCGGCCACGAAGCAAUUUUCCCUGGAGCGUGCUCCAUUCGUGCUGUGCAUACAGCUGAAGCGCUUCUCGAUGCUUAGUGGCAAGAUUAACAAGCACGUCGAGUUGCGUUCGAAGUUGGAUCUGGCUCCGUACUCAUCGCCCGCAAUGCGCACGACUGGCGGCAAGCUUACGUACCGGCUGACGUCGAUGGUGACGCAUUUGGGCAGUACGCAGCACUGUGGCCAUUACACCGCGAUCGGCCAUACGGAUGCGGCCGGGUACCACGUGUUCGAUGACAGUUCCGUACGGCCGAUUGGCAUCCAGAACGUGAUGAACACGAACGCGUACAUUUUGUUUUACGAGCUGGAAAGUGUGGCGGCCGGUGCUGUUGGUCUACCGAAUGGAACCUGUCGACCGAAGGCUACCGUUAGCGUCGGUCAACCGAGCAGUACGGCAACACUCACGUCGAUGGGACAUCUAAGCAAUGGUACUACACCACCGACUGGCGGCGGCAACGCCGGUAUCGGAAGUGGAACCAGCGGGAGUAGUAGUAGUAGCGGUGGAGGAGGAGGGAGUGGUGGCACGCCCGGAAAAGCCAUUAACUCAUCGCCACUCCGGGUACUCGGUACUGGCGGCGGCAAUGCAUCUACUGGUGGCCUCUUCCCGAGCAAGUUGGAACAGAAGCCUGGCCUUAUUGGGCCAGUGUUACCAAUCGCUCAACCGAACUCAACGGCCAGCCCAUCCACAGCAGCCGGCGCAACAGCCAGCGGUGGCCCAACAACAACAACAAUAACAACAACAACAACCAGCUUAACCUCAUCGGCCAGCGCUUCGGGCAGAGAGAUGGCGAUUUUUUCCUCCCCUUCAUCGACUGCGUCAACCCUUUCGAAUGCUUCUCCGCUUAGUUCCCCUGCAAAGCAGCAGGAGCAGUCGGCCAGCAAAAUUCCUAAGCUUCCCGAUAUUAACGGGCGCUCCUUGAACGACCGGACCGAAAAGGGAGAAAAGAUGCAAAAGGGCAGCAAAUCUUUGUCCACUCCGUUGCUUGCUUCCAUGCCGAAGCUAAACUCUCCGAAUAAAACGUUGGACAGUAGUAACACCAACGGUUACGGUUCCUCGUCGUCUUCGGCGGUCGUUAUCAGUCUGGUACCGUACGAUAGUGACGAUACGAGCAGCAGUACCAGCGAGGACGAAGGCGAACAAACGCAUAACAGCAGUAGUAAAUCGAUCGUGCUGACGAAUGGUAGCGGUGGUGGCGGUAGUUCGGCGGCAAAGCGUACCAAACAGCAGCUGAUCGCUUUUGGGUUGAAUGGCAAACGUAGCGAGGUGAAGAACAACAAACCGGAGGAAGCAGAUGUGGAUGAGGACGAGGAUGAAGAGGACGAUCGUACCGGUUCGGCCGCAUCCCGUUCGCCGCAGAUGAUCAAAACCAAGGCAGGUCUUUGGCGGGUCUCGAACAGCAGUACGGCCGAUCAGCUCAGCUAUCCGGACAGUGGAUCGGCCUCCUCGUCCAAAUCAUCCUCCCCAGCAACAUCGGGCGUUUCCUCGCCCACUAACUCACCCGGUCAGAAGUUAACACCCCUAAAGCUCCCCCUAAAAAAUGGUGCUUCCGGUGGUGAACCAGCAUCGUCGUCCUCACUGGUGAGCAACGGCCAUCCUCGACCCUUGACGGCACAGCACAACGGUGUGAAUGCCAGUUGGAAAGGGAACAAAUCAGCAUCGAACGGAUACCACCCGAACGGUGGAGGAGCUGGAGGAAGUCGUUCUUCGUCACCUGGUGGUGAAGGAAAGGGAAACGGAUCUUCGUCGGCCGUGCAAAUGCUGAUGAAAUACUCCCAUCGGGGCUAUGGUGCACCGGUCAAGAGCUGGAACGGUCAGCAAACGGCAAUGGAGCGCGAAUUGGCAAACGAACGACGCGAGGAACGCAAGCGUCAGAUCGAGGAAGAUCGUGAAACGGAAAUGGAUCGAGGCAGGGUUAAGAAAACGAAGGGCGCUAAUGGUGGUGGUGGUGGAAAUUCCGGCGGAAGCAAUCCAUUCCAGCAGUACCAGAACCAGAGCGGUGGUGGUGGUAAGUGGGUGGGAAAUGGUGGUAGUGGAAACCGGAAUCACUUGCACAACCAGCAUCAGAACAACUACCGUGGUGGUGGUGGUGGUGGUGGUGGGGGUGGCGGUGGAGGUUAUUAUCAGAACGGAAAUGGUAACCGACAUCAUGGCGCUAGUGGUGGGUUUCGUACCGGUGGAAGACGGUUCGGGGGAGGCGGGGGCGGUCGGAAUGGUGGCGGAUUCCACACAAAGGCUCAUCACCACCAUCAGCGCGGUGAGACGGGUAGCGGCAUGGCUGGUGGUGGUGGCGGUAGCAACCGAUUUUAUCAUCGAUAAA